AUGUCUAACGACUAUACACCAAUAGACGGUUCUGGCUCUGGCAGGUCCUUGAGAGCCAGAAAAAACUGGAUUUUUUCUGCACUGGCCGUGCUAGUUGCGCUGUCAAUCUUUGGAGCCACCCGAAUUGCCCACAAUGCCUCGGAAAAGCCUACAGAACCGUUGAUUUGCGACUCUGUUCGCAAAUUGGACCAGUUCCCAGUUCAAAAAAUCCAAAAACUGCUAGGCGACCAGAAACUCUACAAUGAAACCCUGGUCAAAUUGCAAAACUCGGUGCGGAUCCCCACCGAGCUGUUUGACCUAUCAGUGAACCCGGAAGAGGAUCCUGACCACGAAACAUGGGAUUCUUUCAAAAAACUGCACAAACAACUGAUCAAGGACUUCCCUACUGUUUGGGAAAAACUGGAAAUCGAGUAUGUUAACCAUUACGGAUUUAUCAUCACUUGGCCAGGGUCCAAUUCUAAGCUCAAACCUAUCAUGUUCGCCGCACACCAGGACGUGGUGCCCGUGGAGCGCAAGACGUGGGAUCAGUGGGAACACGAACCGUUUUCCGGCGAUGUCACUCAGGAUCCUGAGUGGGGCACGACCCUGUGGGGACGUGGCUCGUUCGAUGACAAAAACCAGCUCAUUGGGAUCUUACAAGCACUGGAAUAUCUACUGGUCAACGAACCCAAAUUCAAGCCCCAGCGCAGCAUCAUUCUCGCAUCGGGGUUCGAUGAGGAAAGCGGAGGCCAAUUGGGUGCUGCAUACAUUGCCAAGAAUUUACUAGAACGCUACGGGGAAGACGGCAUUCUCAGUAUUAUCGAUGAAGGCGUGGUAGGCGUAAGAGAAGUCGAUAACGUGUUGAUGGCCGCUCCUGGGACCGCCGAAAAGGGCCGUCUCGAUAUGUGGAUCCAUCUCAACACUCCUGGCGGUCAUUCAUCUGUACCACCCGACCACACCUCCAUCGGCAUCGCUGCUGAGUUGAUCACAGACAUUGAAAGCGAGAAAUUUCCUGCACUUUUCACUGAACGGAAUCCGGUUUCGCAAUACUACCGUUGCAUUGCCAAAAACUCCGAUACGAUGAGUCCAAGCGUGAAAAAAGAUUUCGCGCGCUCCAUGCAAGAUCCAGAGGCCAGAGGUCGCGUCUUGAAAUACCUAUUCGAGACCGGAGGUAAGAAAGUCGAAUAUCUGUUCCGCAGUACGCAUGCCUUCGACAUGAUUCAUGGCGGAAUCAAAUCCAAUGCUUUGCCAGAGACGGUGUCAGUGUUUGUGGACUCACGGGUUGCCGUUGAGACCCCAAUUGAAGAGAUCAAGGAGGCAUUUAUUGCCAAAAUCAUGAAAGUGGCGAAGAAAUACAAUCUUGGCGUCUCGACCGCGGACCAAGAGCUUCGUGCGGCCACCGCGAACGGCGAAUUUGUUAUUGAGAUCAGCGAACCGCUCGAGUCGGCCCCGGUGUCGCCUGAAAACGAGGUUUGGUCCGUUUUCGCAGGCGUCAUCAAGACUUUUUACGAAGAUGCCGUGUUCCCUGAGUCUCGCUACGACUCUCGCGAGCUUGUCGUGGCUCCCAGCAUCAUGAGUGCCAACACUGACACUGCCCACUACUGGAAACUCACCAAGAACAUUUAUCGUUACCAACCGGGUUUUGCCAUGGAGGACACGCUUUCGACAAUCCACUCCGUCAACGAACACAUCAACUUCGAGACCGUGAUGCAUGUGGUGGCCUUCACGUAUGGCUACAUCCAUGCUAUCGAGGCGACUGAGUUGUAG